AACAAGUCUGAAUCUUGCAAAUAUCAUGCAUAUUAAUCCAACGAGUGGACGCAACCAAAGAACUGUAUUAUCAUCUUGCACUAGAUGCAUUUAUCAUAAUCCAAUUACCAAGAUUCCACCUCAAACUAAAGAUAGUGAAUACCGUUGUUUUUUUACUGUCCCUCGAGACCUCUGUUUCUUUAUUCCUACCUCCUGUAAUAAUA